CAAGACACUUGGGCGGUUCACGGCGGCCCAGACUGCGGCGCCUCACCAACCAACGAGACCACGAAGCAGACCAUGUCAUCCUACGGUCCCGCCGGCGCCGCGGCGGACGCGAUGGAAGCUGCCGGCGGCGGCAGCUACCGUGUGUGCGACACGGUGGUGCUCGUCUGCCUCGCCUGCGCCUCCGCCCUCAUCGUCUCUACGAUGGCCGUCUGCUUCCGCCGCGCCUUCGCCAACGGGUACACGGCCAGCGCGGGGGCCACCGCUGCGAACGGCAGAAGCCAGUGUGGGCUGGCGCCGUCCGCGCUGUCGGCGAUCCCCAAGCUCGCCUACCGGAGGGGCGCUGGCGCUGGCGCUGGGUGGGCGCAGUGCGCGAUCUGCCUCGCCUUGGUGCGGGACGGCGAGACGGUGCGGUUGCUGCCGGCGUGUGGCCACCUAUUCCACGUUGAGUGCAUCGACCUGUGGCUGCGCUCUCACGCUACGUGCCCGCUUUGCCGGCGUGACGUCGGGGAGGAGCCACAUGAAAAAGUUUGAGCUCGCCGCUGGUGGACCAGGAUGACACACGCCGGCUACUGGUUCAACCGCCGGCCUCUAGAGUCUAGACUCUAGUUCAACUUUUGUUUCCUGCCAUGAUGUUGGGCAUUCAUCCAAAGAAUUGUACAUCCUAGGGUUUAGGCGUAGUUUCAUUUUUUUUCGGUGGAAUGGAACCUUUAUUCUGCCAUCC